AUAAACCUCCUAUUAACACUACUAACAAACACAACACUGGCCCUACUACUCGUAUUUAUCGCUUUCUGACUACCCCAACUAAAUGCAUAUGCAGAAAAAACGAGCCCCUAUGAAUGUGGAUUUGAUCCUAUAGGAUCAGCCCGCCUACCUUUUUCCAUAAAAUUUUUCCUAGUAGCUAUCACGUUCCUCCUCUUCGAUCUGGAGAUCGCCCUUCUACUUCCCCUCCCCUGAGCAAUCCAAACAAAUAAUCUAAAUACAAUACUCACCAUAGCCCUAUUCCUAAUCUCCCUACUAGCAGCCAGCCUAGCCUACGAAUGAACUCAAGAGGGCCUAGAAUGAGCCGAAU